UCAAAUUGAUUAGAAACAAUGCGUAAUUUAUUAUUUGUUUUUGUUUGGCUUGAAUCCUGCCCCAAACUAUUGACUUCGCAAAAUACAAAACAUCAAUAGAGUAUUUUUCUCAGAAUUUGAGACAAAUGGGCAUUCAAGUAAUCUUUUUUUCUGUUUCUACUCUUUUCAAUCAAAUACGCAGCUGAAAAUAAUUGUCCAUCUUCCUAUUGUGCCAACAGCAGCUUCUCUAUACACUUUCCAUUCUGGUUAGAAAGCCAUCAGUCUCGAAAUCGCGGGAGUCCUGGAUUCAAUUUAAGCAUUAAUCAGGGUACAACAGUUCUGGAUCUCCCUUAUUCCGGUCAGUUUUUCGUAGGAUAUAUUUCCUACUACAUAGGACAAAUACAACUUACUAAUCCAAAUAAUUGCCUCCCAAGACGGCUUAUGAGUUUGAAUCUUUCGUCUUCUCCUUUUACGGCUGUUUCUUAUCAAAAUUACACCUUCCUCAGCUGUCCUAGAAAUCAGGCAACCAGUUUUACCGGUUUGACUACUGCAAUCGAUUGCCUCAGCAACUUGACUACGAGAAUACUAGCAACACGGUACCAAUCCGAAGUGAUGAGACUGUACAUGUGCAAGAAAAUUAUCACAUUGCCAGUACCAGUUUCAUAUCUAUACGAACAUGGGCUUCCCCUUAAGCUCGAGUUGACAUGGAACGUCUCAAGUUUCAAUAAUCCAGUAGGUGCAUCAAAUCAUCAGUCAGUUUUCAGGAUCACCACCGUGUCCUUCCUCUCAGUGGCCCUCAUUGUACCAGCACUGAUAAUCUGCUUAGUCUGUUGCAUAAGUAUGAUGAGACGAGAAAACCAUCGGGGUGGAGAUACAAUCUCGACUUCUGCUGAGGUAGCUUUAUCGAUGAAUGUCGCAGCAGGUCUCGAUGAAUCCAUGAUUGAGUCCUACGAAAAAGUAACUAUAGGUGAGAGCCGGCGCAUCCCAGGGCCUAAUGGCAUCACUUGCACAAUAUGCUUGGCAGAUUAUGGCCCCAAGGAAAUAGUAAAACUCAUGCCUGAAUGUGAACAUUGUUUCCAUGUUGAAUGUAUAGAUAAAUGGCUAAGGACGAGCAGCAACAGUCCAAUCUGCAGGAACUCCCCAGUUACCCUUACUAAUUCAUAGCAUUUUCUAAACUCAUAGUUCAUGAUGUUCUUGAAAAUUCACUCCAGUUCACAAAUAAUGAGAUAUUUUCUAGUUGAAAUGGACAAUAAAAGAAAAAAUUACCGAUUU